ACAGCGAGCCGUCAACACCUCACUCACACACUCUCACUCACGUGCGCGCGCACACACUCCGCCCGUGGAGCUGAAAGGCCAACGUGCUGCAGGUCGGCCCCGGAGACGAGAACUCCAGCAUGAGGUUUGCUGCCUGACACACUCCUUCCUGCCUCCACCAUGACUCUGAGUGCAGCUCUACCCCUGCAGCCAAACUCGAGCAACCAAUCGGAGAGCACCCAUGGCUGCAGGGUCGACGAUCAGAUGGUGCCCUUCACCUUCUUCUACAUCCUCAUCUUCCUGGUGGGCAUCGUGGGCAGCCUGCUGGCUCUGUGGGCUUUCUGCCACAGUCGCAACGCCAAGAUGUGCAUCAACGUGUACCUGAUGAACCUGCUCACCGCCGACUUCCUGCUCAUGUUAGCCCUUCCGUUCAAGAUCACCGUGGACCUGGGCGUGGCCUCCUGGAGCCUCCGCAUCUUCCACUGCCAGGUGUCGGCCGUGCUCAUCUACAUAAACAUGUACGCCUCCAUCGUGUUCCUGGCCUUCGUCAGCGCCGACCGCUACCUGCAGAUCGCACAGAACUCGCGCCUCUUCCGCAUCCAGGAGGUCGGCUUUGCCAGGAUGAUGUCGCUGGUCGUGUGGGCGCUGCUGCUCUUCCUCAUGGUGCCCAACAUGGCCAUUCCCAUCAAGUCCCUGGCGGAGAAGCCGCACCUCAGGUGCGCCGAGCUAAAGCAGGAGCUCGGCCUGCACUGGCACACGCUCACCAACUUCCUGUGCAUGGCCAUCUUCCUCAACGCCUGCGUCGUGGUGCUGCUCUCCAACAGCUUCAUGCUCAAGCGGCUGUGGGCGGGGCGGGGCGGGGACCAGGCGGCGCAGGCGGGCACAUGUCGUGCCACCAGCAACAUCGCCGGAGUGACGCUGGCCUACGUCGUGUGCUUCGUGCCCUACCACCUGGUGCGCACGCCCUACACGCUCACGCAGAACCAGGUGCUCAGCGGCUGCCAGCUCGCCCGGCGCCUCUUCCUGGCCAAGGAGUCCACUCUUAUGCUGGCCAUCAUGCACAUCUGCUUUGACCCCAUCCUCUACUACUGCCUGUCGCACUCCUUCAGGCAGAAGGUCACCGAGGCCUUCGGUGCGGGGAAGGCGGUUCCCCUCAACAGUCCGGAGCUGAUCUCGCAGCCCUCCCCGCAUCAGGAGGAGAAUCCACAGGCCCUCGCUUGUCUCUCAGAGGCCGACGAUGCCUGAGGGCUCUGCGGGGGGUGGGAGGUGGCGGUGAACAGACAAAAAAGCCAGUAAAGAGAAAGCUAUGUAACAACUGUGCAAGAUCACAAAACUGACCUAAAUAACCUAAAUUCAGCACAGACAUAUGGCACAAAAACACAUAUUUGAAACUACCUGGAGUGUUUUUAUUUUGCUGUAGUAUUAUUAUUUUUAUCAUUAUUCACUUUUGUGUACAGUCAAUGGUGCCACAGUGAAGGUCAGACUGUGAACCUUUUGUAAGCAUCAAAUGUCAAAUGUGAUCUGCAGAGAAAUUGUCGCUUUUUUUAAAAGCCCAGCUUCCCUCUGUACAGCACAACCCCCCCACUACACCCUGGGGGGGGCAGCACUGUGGGGGCGCUCUGGGAAGGCUGGAGGCCUGGAAAACACUCAUACAGCAGUGCAAGAUGCAAAACCAUAACUUUGACUCGCCAGCUGUCACUGUUUUAUGACACACAUUUGCAGUCUGAUGUUACAGGGACUUCAAAGUUUCUGUCCGACGAAAGGAGGAACUUCAUGGCCCUUGAAGUCCCGCUCAUUGAAAUAUUGAGGAACUGCAGCGAGGUCCCUCUGCUGGCGAAUUGAGGAACUGCAGCGAGGUCCCUCUGCUGGCGAAUUGAGGAACUGCAGCGAGGUCCCUCUGCUGGCGAAUUGAGGAACUGCAGCGAGGUCCCUCUGCUGGCGAAUUGAGGAACUGCAGCGAGGUCCCUCUGCUGGCGAAUUGAGGAACUGCAGCGAGGUCCCUCUGCUGGCGAAUUGAGGAAUUGCAGCGAGUCCCUCUGCUGGCGAAUUGAGGAACUGCACCGAGGUCCCUCUGCUGGAAAAAAGAUGAACAGCGCGUUCUUAGGGAAAGGCGAGUUUCUGAAACUCAACAAUAUGGACCUGAUGAAAAAGGUCAAUUAAAUGAAAUAUUUAGUGAAAUGGUUUAAAAUGUUAAUUAUUUUAACUGUCUGAUCAUGGAUUCAAUACAUCAAUACCUCAAACUGAAUAUAUUUGUA